UUAUUUAUGUUAAUAUAAUGAACAAGUAUUUUAUUUAGUUGUUGCUGAGAAUAAACUCCGAAAUGUUUAAAAUGUUCACGUAAAGACGGAUGAAUGCCAUGUGUCAUCAUUGUAAUCAGGCUGACAUUGAUAGCUACUCGGUUAGCUGGUACCUACUGUUCGGUGUGUUUAGCUAACGCCACUGACACUGUGAGCAGGUAUUGGGAGUAGCAUCACGUAGAUUCCAGCUUGACACUGGCUGCAGUGUUCCUGCUUUGGCCCAUUCUAUUUUAAACGGAACUUCAUGUAUGAUACAUCUUUGUGUUUUUCGCAAUGCAAUACCGAAUGUGACCAUUGCAUUUGUGCGUCUUUCCCUUGGAAACGCGUCCAAGCUUCAGGGCUUAUUUUCUUCGCCAUCCUACUUGUUUCCAUUCUUGUUUUGGCUAUAAGGCUUUGCUAUUCACAUCGUUAGUGUUCUUUUUUUCGGCUGCAUCUCACUGCUGACAUUGAUGAGACCACUGUUGGCUCAUUUCGAUUAGUUGUUUUUGGUUAUUGGUGAUUGGCUGAUUAUCUUGAAGGUGUUAUUAUUGAUUUGACUAGGCAAUGGCUUAACUCAAGAUUUUCUUUGCUGUCUUUCCUUUUUUGUAAAUUCUUGGAACACAUGCAGCAUUUCCUAUUAUAGUCGGGACCUUGGGGGAAAUCGUCUAUUCCUUUGUGAAUGGCAGAGAUUCUCGGUGGGCAAGAGUAGUCUGAGUGAAGGCUGAAGAUGGCCUAAUGGACCGCCGCUUUUUGCUGACCUUCCUGUUUUGCUCAGUCUCUUGGAUUUUUUUUUGGGAAGUACGCUGGAAAAAAGGCAAAGAAAGUCAGAUCCAGGAAUGGCUCAAAGGACAUAGACUCUCCAAAUACAGACACUUGUUUGAAGAUGUUCAGACGUUGGAGGAGCUGAGCCUGAGUGUCCUGAGUCGUCUUGAGGAGGUGGUGAAGGAGCAGCAGCGCUGGAGGGAAAUCGCGGAGGCCAACUUCCAACUGCUUCGAGACCUUGCUUUUCAAGAGUGGCUGUGCUCCCAGAGCCUGGAGCACUACUACCACACACUGCAGGCAUUGGGGUGUUUGAACCUGGACGAUCUGGCCCAGUUUGACAGUCAGCUGCAGCUGUCUCUGGCAGCCUGGGGAUACUACUACGAGGACUACAUCCGCUUGUCCAGGGGGGUCAAAGUCCUACAGGCUUCCCGGGGGAGCCGAGACCAGGACUACGAGAUCCGGCUGGUGCACAGCCUCGCCAAACGACGUCUGAAUGAAAAGUGGUCAUUCGCAGGUGCACUCAUAUUUGGCUGUACUGUGGCACUGUGCUUCCUGAUAAAGGACCUCAUGUUUUACGUGAUUGGUGGAAUUACUGUUUCCAUCAUAGCGUUUGUCUUCACCAUCAAGUUCCUCUGUGAGCUCGCGGCGCGGGUUGUCAGCUUCCUGCAGAAUGAGGACCCGGGGCGACGCGGGGACCGUAGCAUCUACGACUAUGUGCGGGGCAACUACCUGGACCCGCGCUCCUGCAAGGUGUCGUGGGACUGGAAAGACCCCCAGGAAGUGGGACAGACGAUGAGCUUCAGAGUGCACCUGUUCUACAAGAACGGCCAGCCCUUCCCGGCCCACCGGCCCGUGGGCCUGAGGGUCAACAUCACCCACAUCGAGCUGGCCCUGGACAUCCCCGUCACCCAGGAGGUGCUGCAGGAACCCGAGUCCAACGUGGUCAAGGUGGCCUUCACCGUGCGCAAGGCCGGCCGCUACGAGGUGGCGGUGAAGCUGGGGGGGCUCAAUGUGGCCUACAGCCCCUACUACAAGAUAUUCCAGCCAGGCACUGUGGUGCCAUCCAAAACCAAGAUCGCCUACCACUUUUCAACACUGGUGCUCGUCAACGGCCAGCAGCACACCCUGCAGAUCGAGCCCAGGGACGAGUACGGCAACCCCACCAGUAACUCCACCUCUCUGGUGGACGAGGUCAACUACAGCGUCCACAUCCACUCCCUGGGCACGGUGGAGGACGACAGCCCGGAGGAGUACUACAGCGAGUCGGUGUCGUCCAACAAGCAGCAGUGUCAGGUGCUGCUGAAGCUCACCCUGAGGAGAAAGGGCUGCUUCCGAGCCCGCCUCUCCUACAUGCAGCAGCCCCUCAGCAACGGGGAGUUCGACAUUAUUGUUCUCAGUGAGAAUGAGAAGAACUGUGUGGAGAAGAACGUGUCCACGCCGGGCAUCAGCAUCUACUUUGAGACGUACCUCUACAGCAGCGGCAACUACAGCAGCUCCUCCUGGCAGCCGCCCUCCUCGUCCCUGCUGGCGCCCCAGCGGAGGCCCUCCAUGGGGGAUGAGGAGGAGGAGCACGACUCCCCGGUGGAGGGCCAGCCCGAGAAGGUCAAGAAGCCAAAAAAGGUCUACUGCUACAUAUCGCCAAAGCAACUAUCCGUGAAGGAGUUCUACCUGAAAAUAAUUCCAUGGCGCCUUUUCACCUUCAGAGUGUGUCCAGGGACGAAGUUCUCCUACCACGGGCCGGACCCGGUCCACAAGUACCUGACGCUGGUGGUGGACGACGGCAUCCAGCCCCCCCUGGAGCUCAGCUGCAAAGACCGCAACAUCAUGGCCGCCACCUUCAUCCGCUUCCUGCAUAAGAACAUCGGGGGCUCGGAAACGUUCCAGGAUAAGGUCAACUUUUUCCAGAGGGAACUCCGGCACAUUCACUCCAAGAGACCUCGCACCAAAACCUGCCUCAAGAUCACACGCCACACCAUCUUGGACUCAUCGCUGAAGGCCACCAGAAACUUCUCUGUAUCGGAUUGGAGCAAGAACUUUGAGGUGGUGUUCCAGGACGAGGAAGCUCUGGACUGGGGCGGGCCUCGCCGCGAGUGGUUCGAGCUGAUCUGUAAAACGCUGUUCGACACGUCCAACCAGCUCUUCACACGCUUCAGCGACAGCAACCAGGGCCUGGUGCACCCAAACGCCGACCGGCCGGCCCACCUGCGCCUGAAGGUGUACGAGUUUGCGGGACGUGUGGUGGGGAAGUGCCUGUACGAGUCUGCGCUGGGCGGGGCCUACAAGCAGCUGGUCCGCGCUCGCUUCACACGCUCCUUCCUGGCCCAGGUCAUCGGCCUGAGGAUGAACUACAAGUACUUUGAGACGGACGACCAGGAGUUCUACAAGACCAAAGUGUGCUUUAUCCUCAACAACGACGUGAGCGAGAUGGACCUGGUGUUCGCCGAGGAAAAGUACAGCAAGGCCGGCCAGCUUGAGAAGGUGGUGGAGCUGAUCUCGGGCGGGGCACAGAUAGCCGUGAACAACGAGAACAAAGUGCACUACCUCAACCUGCUGGCCCAGUACCGGCUGGCCAGCCAGGUCAGGGAGGAGGUGGAGCACUUCCUCAAAGGUUUGAAUGAAUUGGUGCCGGAGAACUUGCUGGCUAUAUUCGAUGAGAAUGAGCUGGAGCUGCUGAUGUGUGGCACUGGAGACAUCAACGUGCAGGACUUCACCCACGCCGUCAUCGUCGGGGGGUCCUGGCACUUCAGAGAGAAGGUAAUGAAGUGGUUCUGGGCGGUGGUCUCCAGCUUCACCCAGGAAGAGCUGGCUCGCCUGCUGCAGUUCACCACCGGCUCCUCCCAGCUGCCCCCCGGAGGCUUCAACACCCUCUGCCCCUCCUUCCAGAUCAUUGCCGCCCCCACGCACAGCACCCUGCCCACCGCACACACCUGCUUCAAUCAGCUGUGUCUCCCCACCUAUGACUCCUACGAGGAGCUGCACAAGAUGCUGAAGCUGGCCAUCAGAGGCAGCGAGGGCUUUGGUAUGCUGUAGAGGAGUCCUCCUCGCCCCUCCCCCGUCUCCUCCUCCCCCCCACCACCGUAUCACCUUGUGUUGGAACUAACACAACACAUGACAGGAGAUCACCUGAGACACACACACACACACACACACACACAACACACACACCACACACACACACACACACACACACACACACACACACACACACACACACACACACACACACACACACACACACACACACACACACACACACACACACACUCUCACACACUUGGACAACUUCCGGGAAAAUGGCGAUGGAGUGUCCGUGCUUCGAUACAUUUAAUGCUGUGUGUAUAUAUAUAUAUAUACAUAUAUAUGCACACUUACCAAGAUGCUGAACUUAAGAGGGGGGGGGUGGGGGGGGGGAGGCUUGGUUUGGCCUCAUUUUACUUCUUUUUUUAUAUGCUUGCUAGACCAAUAGGGCCAGUUAAAAGGCAAUCAGUAGUGGUUUGCGAUUGUUUUGGUUUGUUUUCAACAUUGCAAGCUUAGGGUUUGGAGUGCGACUGCGGCCUGCACGCGGCCUGGAUGCCUCCUGCCCUCUCGGCCUUAAUCGAUCAGGGACGGAUUUGUGUGUGCAUGUAAAUACGGAUAUCAUUGUUUUAUUUCAGGACUUGUACAUACCAGUAAGUAUAUAUAAAAUAAGUUUGCAUCUUGUCACUACUUUUUUUUUUUUUUAAAGAGAAUGGAAUGUUGAAUAGAUUUGUUAUCUGAUAAUGAUGGAUUAAAAAAAAUACUUUAUUACGUUCCUUUGUUGUCUGAUGGGUUUAAAAGAUGCCAAGCGAUCUGCUCCGCGGACUCGUGUUUUAAGUUCACGACGCGGUCGACAACCCCAACAUUAGUGGUCACUUGGUGACUCAGUGGUCACUUGGUGACUCGUCCAGACAGCUGCCCUGCUUUCCUCUUUUCUCCUGUUUUAUGACCUGCCUUACUCCCAACCCUCCUUUUGCCUGAUUUGUGUUCAGAGGGGUUAAGUGGUCAAGAGGAAGCAUACAGUUCCCAUUCGUGACACUGGUUUGACACUGUCCCGACCUCUCCCCUGACCUUUGCUGGGCCGAUGCACUGCUGCCGCGUCAUUCGGCUUUUCUGAUGUAUUCACAGCCUUUUUGUUUUUCUAGGUUUACCUCAGAAUCUCCUAUGCAUACUCUUUCACCACAGCUCCAUAUACACGGAGUGCUUAUGCAUGUACACACCCCAUACACGCGAGUAUAUAUCUAAACAUACAAUUUAUUAGUGGCCUCCAGUGUUUUCUGACCACAUAAACGGUCAUGAACUCUGUGCAGGACUGUGCAGAAGAUUUAGAAAAAAGGUGAUGCUGUUUUUCUUUGUGAAAAUACCUAUUUAUUUUUAAACGAUGUUGAUUACUGUGCACUCUGAGCCAUGGGAAUCGUGAACUUUUUGUUUGCUUCAUUAUUUGGAGUUUUUUUUAUUUUUGUUUUGAAGGCUUUCACUGUUCUGUACUUGGUCAGGGGAGUACCCGGCCGCGCUACCUGGUGGAAUAUGUAUCAGGCUGCCAGGAAGCCCGUCUUCACCGCCUCACACACAGGACCACGUUCCAGGAAGGUUCAGCUUCCUCAUGAUUUGGAGUGCAGUCGUUUAUCUCUGUUGUAUCGGUCAUCGUUUCGGUUCGACCAUUGAUGCACGUUGUCAUAUCAUACUCACUCCUCCCAGGAAAGACAACGCCUUUAAGAGAUUUUUUUCACAAAUAGGAUUGCAGAUGGGAUGUUGUCGAUAGUUUGUUGUUAUUAAUUACGGGAUUCUGCACCCAUAUCUUGAAACAUUUUUGCACUUGACGUCCGAGCCCUCCGGCUGCAGUAUAUUAUCAUGCAGGGUCCUCUUGCAGAGAGCUGAGGGAUUCAGAAAGCGGAUUAUAGUGCUUGGUUUGUAUUGUGCAACAGUAACGUAAUCUGCAGAGCACAAGAACAUCAGGGAUACUUAUGGUUUAAAAAGAGGAGAAGAAACAAGUCUAAUUUUUAAUACCAACAAACAAGGCCGCACUUACGUUUUAAUGUUUCAUAAAAGGUGCCAUUUGAGCAUAGCGUUGGCCAAGUAUCAUACGUUUUGGAAACGAAAGCUGUGACCCAACUAUCAAUACUAGCUGGAGUAAUUUUGUUCUUGUUUAAAUGUUCAUAUCUGUUUUGUUUCACAUCUAGUUAUGAUCUUCUAUUCUUGUCUCAUGAUGGGCUGGUUUAAACAAACAUAUUUUUUUAAUUUUAUUUAUGUAAAUAUUGUUAAAUAUUUGCCUAUGACUUAAUAACUGGGCUGGGUUUUUUAUUUGUAAAAAUGGCAAGCUGUUAGUGGCUAAUGAAUGUUUGGGGUUGCUGCAAAGCAGAUCCAUUUGUUAUGGUAAUAAAAAAAAGUGAUGGAUUAAAUA